AUGGACGACAUACUGAAUUCCCUGUGGGAGUGGACGCAGGGAAACCUGAAGCUGUACAACCCAGAAGCGAACUUUUACGAUGAUCUCCAGGUCGUGGCGGUGCGAGUGGUCGUACUACUCGUUGCAAGGUAUCUACACUCUUUACAACUUGUUCCAAAUGGUGUUUUGUGCAUGACAGGACCGUUUUUAUUAUUUACAUGCUGAGCACGACGCAGCGGGAGUUCUUUCAUCUUGUGUGAAAAUGAAUACCAAUACCUCGGUAUCAACCCAAACCACAGGUUCUGCUUCGCCGGUGCGUACCACCGCGAGCUGCGGAAAUGCCCCUGCCUCCUCGACUAUGUCACGAAAACCGGCGACUACGCGGAUUUGCAAAAGGCGAAGUUUUUCGAAAAUUUAUGGUACACCAUGUGGCACAGCAGCAUAUCCGCGUGGACAAUCUCUCUCUUUUUGAAAGAGCCCUGGCGAGAAAACAUCUACAACUACGAUUUAUCCGUCAUCUUCGGGAAUUGGCUUUCGCAACGGGCCUCGCCGGAAGUCAUCACCUGGUACCUCUGGCAGCUGGCGUUUUGGAUAAGUAGUUUGAUCUACCUGUUUCUCGAGAAGCGGAGAAAAGACUUCUACAUGAUGCUGACCCACCACUUGGCGACCUGCACUUUGGUGUUCUUCUCAUACUGGUGGAACUACUGGCGCAUUGGCUUACUCGUAUUGCUCUUCCACGAUGCGGUGGACAUUUUCCUCUACGCGACGAAGGCGGGGAAGGACAGCCUCCCGCGGAAGAUCACAGAAAUACUCUUCGUUUUCUUUUUACUGUCCUAUUUGGUGCUCCGCCUAAUCCUCUACCCGUCAAUAUGCGUCUACACGGCGGUCCGAACGGGGUGGGGGGAUAUUGUCGAUCCGGUGCUCAAGUACUUGUUCGAUUUGAAGCCGUUUCCAGUAGAUCGGGAGAUGAAAAGUUCGGGCGCCGGGUUCUACUCGAUGCCGGCGCUGCUUUGUGUGUUACAAGUCCUGCACAUUCUCUGGUUUCGAAUGAUACUGAUCAUCGCGGUGAAGGCAAUAAAAGCCAGUCUGCACGACACGGGUGACAUCCGGUCCGAAUCGGACAUAAGUCCCGCGAACAGCCCUGUGCCGUCGAAAGCGUCGAACACGGAAUUCUCCGCUGGUAAGGAAUUUCAAGUAUCAAAUCCCCAGGACAAGGUCAGGGCGGCGGUAGCAGAAAAAGGAUCACCAGCAGCAGCAGUGCCGGCCUUUGAACUAGAGGACAAAGGAGAGAUGAACAAUAAGCCGAAAACAAGAAAACGACUGCAGAAGUGAGCCUUGCGGUCGGCAUUCCAAUUAGAGCUGCACCACAGAGCCUCUGUAAGUACUUCUGGUGGCAUGAGGCAUAGUUCUUGGCCGUGUUUAGGGGCGUGUACUAGUUCUUGUUCGACCUGUCGUGCCCGCGAUUCCUCCGCGACGCGCAUUUGGGACCAACGACCCAGUGGAGAAAUGGCCCGCCGAGCGACGACGAGUGUUUCUGGUUUUGAGAUGAACUUCCACAGGAACGGAAAGUAGCCUUCUCUCGUCGCUUCUUCAGUGACGGGCUUUUUUCCCAAGGAAGAAUAAUGAUUUUUUGAGCAGGGAAAGGAUGAUGUGCUGGGUGAGAAUUUCAGUCGUCAAAUCGAAAGCGCGCGACACAAAAGUAGUAACACGCAAUGGCA